CCACUUACCAAGAAGUACCUCUGACCAUAACCCUCUCCUAAUAAAGCUCAGCAACUCCCCUUUUAAUGGACCAAAACCCUUCAGAUAUAUCAAUUGUUGGAGCUCCCAUAACACUUUUUUGUCCACUGUCUGCAACAACUGGGGACCUUACACUGGAGGAGGCAUGAGAGGGCUUGGUUACAAACUCAGGAAGCUUGGGAAAACCCUUCAUACCUGGAAUAAGAGCAUUUUUGGUAACAUCUUCAACAUGGUAAACUCACUGGAAGGGGAACUGAAAGAUAUUGAAGCACAGUUUGAUACUCACCCCACCCCAGAGUUGAGGACUAUUAUGCAGGAAACUAAGGCUAAACUUAUACAAGCUACCCAACAAGAUUAUUCCUACUGGAAGCAGAAGGCAAAUAUCAAAUGGACCAAGGAAGGGGAUGCCAAUACCUCUUUUUUCCAUGCCACUGUCAAACAAAGAAGAAGCCAACAAAAGAUCACCAGUCUCAAAUCAAAGGAAGGAAAAUGGCUUCACAACCAAGAAGAAAUACAUGAAGAAAUCCUCAAUCAUUAUAGAACACUUUUCAUGUAUAAGGAAAGCCAUAAUGACAGAUUCACUGCCAAUAUUCCCAACCUAAUCACUGAUUUGGACAACACCAACCUCACCUCUCUCCCUGAUGAAGCAGAAGUCAAAAAAGCUGUUUGGGCCCUCUCAGCAGAUAGUGCUGCAGGGCCUGAUGGUUUCAAUGGUCAAUUCUACAAAACUUGUUGGGAACUCAUUAAAGUCGACUGCACCAAAGCUGUUCAGGAAUUCUUUCUAGGAAUCUCUAUUCCUAGAAACUGUGCCCAAUCUACCCUCAUCCUUGUUCCUAAGAAAGAAAACUCUCAAACUUGUGAAGACUUCAGACCAAUCUGUCUGUCUAACUUCUGCUGCAAACUUUUCUCCAAAAUUCUAGCCCAAAGAAUUGGCGCAAUUCUUCCUAAUUUGAUAUCUCAAGAGCAAGGGGGUUUUGUCAAAGGAAGGGUGAUACAUGACCAAGUUCUCCUAGCCCAAGAACUUUUCCAUGGCCUGGACUAUAAAACUAGAGGGGGAAACUUGGCCAUUAAACUGGACAUGUCCAAGGCAUUUGACAGAAUAUCUUGGAAAUUUCUCCUCACUGUCUUGGACAAGUUUGGCUUCAACAGACACUUCACAACCCUGGUCCAAAACCUCCUCCAAAGUUCCUUCUUCACCAUUUUGAUCAAUGGACACCACACUAAAGGGUUUAUACCUCAAAGGGGAUUGAAACAAGGAGAUCCUCUUUCUCCUCUUCUUUUCAUCUUAGUUUCAGAGGCCUUCAGCAGGACCAUCAAGAUGGAAACAGAAAAUGGCUCUCUCUCCCCCUACUACCUUGGCAGACACUACAUCCCUAUUACCCACCUUGCAUUUGCUGAUGACCUAAUCCUCUUCACCAAAGGGGACUCUCACAAUAUCUCCAACAUCAAGCAGCUUCUUUCAGACUAUGAAGACUGCUCAGGACAGCAAAUCAAUCGUGGAUGGUACCAUAAACUCCUAAGCCAAAGUGGCAGACUUACCCUAAUCAAGCAUGUCCUAAACACCUUGCCACUCCAUAUGCUGGGAUGCAGCAAACUUCCAAAGAGCAUCAUCAACUGCCUCCACUCAAAAAUGAAUAACUUCCUAUGGGGCCAAGACAAAUACCAUUGGUCCUCCUGGGAGAAACUCUGCUACCCUCAGGAUGAGGGGGGUCUGGGUAUUACCAAUCUUAACACUCUUCAGCAAGCUUAUGGGUUCAAGAUGUGGUGGACCUACAAUCAAAAUAACUCUUUGUGGGCUAAGUUCAUGAGGGCCAGAUAUCCUAGAGGCCUCAACAUAGCCCCCAAAAUCACUGAUUCUGUUUACUGGAAAAGACUCAUUGAGGUUGACAACUUGGCAGAUAAUCACCUCAGUUUAGACAACCAGGGCAGAGGAACAGCGAGGAAACAACCAAUCACCUUUUCAAGAAUUGUCCAUUUAGCAAACAAAUCUGGACCUAUUUUGAAGAGGCUUUCUCAGUUUGCAGGAACACAAGCCAUGGAAUUCUAACCUACUUAACAAACUGGUGGAAACAAG